AUGACAGACAGCAACAAGAGAGCAAAGAAAGACAAGGGUAUAAUGGAUUUGAAGGAUGAUGUUCUAGUUGGGGAGAUCAUCGCCCGCUUGCCCUUGAAGCAAGCUAUUCAAUGUAAGGUUCUAAACAAGUAUCUUGAUUUCAAGAUAUCUGAUUCUGAAUUUUCCCAAAUUUUGCUCAAUUUGCAAAACGACGGUUCUUUAGAACUCCUCUAUUCAGUCAAUGGGCCACCCAAAACCCUCCACAAAAUCUCCUUGAAACCAAUCAAUCAAUGGCAGACGGCUUUUUCCGAUGACAUUGAGAUUUUGUCCUCAUGUAAUGGUCUCAUUCUCUUCGACUUCGAAAGAGCUAAGAGAUUCUGCGUUUUCAAUCCCAUAACUGGACUGCACCAAUUGAUACCAUACCCACUGCCUAGCAGUCAGUUAAUUGGCAAUAUAGGCCUGGCUGUUGAUUACCCGAAUCCAAAUCAAUACAAAGUGGUGACCAUCAGUUAUCCGGCUGAAAAUUCCAACUCGUUCUACAAAUUUCACGUACUUUCAUCAGAGCGUCCUGGCUUAAGUGACGGUAGUGUUCUAGCUUUUGAUACGAAGAAAGAAGAAGCUAUGCGAAUUGACCGUCCUUGGUUUCUUGAUCAUUAUGAUGUCAACUGCAGUAAAAUUCCCACUGGUCGUGUUGUUUGGCUAGGGCUAGCGCAAGGCGUGAUUGAUGUCUUUCCAAUCUGGAAUGACAGCAAGCACGUGUGUUUUCUUGUAGAUCGUCCCUUGACAGGAUAUUAUGAUCUACGCGAGUAUGAUACUGAGACCAGCGGGUACAAAAAAACUGCAGAGUUGGGACGCACAAUU